GGAGCGGAGACUCAGUGGAGGUGAGGACCACAGCUUGCUGCUGCCGCCGCUGCUGCUGCAGUGGCCGAGAGGGACGGACACUCCAAACUGGCCGGACGCGCUCCCUCACCAUCAGCAGCACCAUCAGCACCGGCCUCGCGUACGCACGGAUCUGGGCCGAAGCAAAAGAGGGGGUGGGGGGAGGACGCCACACCGGAUUUGCAACACCCUAGCCUGGGGUGACUCGUUUUCCGUGGGAGAGCGAGUGAAUGCCGAAUACAAAGACGACACUGCGCCUUUGAAAAUCAGAUCAGAGCCAUUUCCUGGUAGGGAAGAGCUCCGGCCACACCUUUGCAGGGUGGAGCCUGUCACGAUGGACUUCCCUGUGGUCCACCUGAUCAUGGGCAAGAGUACGAUGAGAUCCUCAGGCUCUGGAGCGGUUCUUCUCAUGAUCUUCUUGAGUCACCUGACAGCGGCGCUGGAAGUGCCCCUUGAUCCUAAGGUCCUGGAAGGAUUGCCUCAGCCCCCCACUAUCACGCUGCAAUCCCCAAAGGAUUACAUCUUCGACCCACGGGAGGACAUCAUCAUCCACUGUGAAGCCAAGGGGAAGCCUCACCCCAGCUUUUCUUGGACGAGGAACGGGAGCCAUUUUGAUGUGGAGCAAGACUCCAAAGUUCUAAUGAAACCCGGUUCGGGAACUCUGGUCAUCGACAUCAGUGGGGAAAAGGCCGAGGCCUACGAGGGAACGUACCAAUGCACGGCCCACAAUGACCACGGCACGGCUAUCUCCAACAACAUCGUCAUCAGACAGUCCAGGUCCCCCUUGUGGUCGAAAGAAAGACUUGAGCCCAUCACGGUGCAGACGGGGGUCUCGCUGGUGCUGCAAUGCCGCCCCCCGGCAGGGCUGCCCCCUCCCGUCAUAUUUUGGAUGGAUAACAUUUUCCAGAGGCUGCCGCUGGACAAUCGAGUGACCCAGGCCCUGAACGGAGACUUGUACUUUUCCAACGUCCUCCCAGAGGAUAAUAGGAACGACUACAUCUGCUAUGCCCGCUUCCCGUAUACGCAAACCAUCCAGCAGAAGCAGCCCAUCUCCGUCACAGUGCUACAAACCUUCCCAGCAGGACAGCGGCGUCCCGAUUUCAUGACUCCUUUAGGCGCCACCAGCACCAAGAUGGUCCUGCGAGGGGAGACCCUCGAGCUGGAAUGCAUCGCCGAAGGCUUGCCCACUCCGGAGAUGUCUUGGCAGAAAGACGGCGGGGAGCUGCCAACCAGCAGAGUUUCUUUCCUGAACUACAAGAAGACGGUUAAGAUUUUGGAUGUAAGCGAAAGCGACGGCGGCGACUACACCUGCACGGCGACCAACCGCCUGGGCACGGCACACCACAUCAUCAAGGUCGCCGUUAAAGCUGCUCCAUUCUGGAUCAGCGCUCCCAGGAACUUGAUCCUGGCCCCAAAUGAGACCGGCAUCCUGACUUGUCGAGUCAGCGGAGACCCCAAGCCGGAUAUUAGUUGGUUUGUCAAUGGAGUCCCGAUAGAAAAUGCUCCUGAGGACCCCACUCGCAAGGUGGAUGGCGACACGGUCAUCCUCAGCCGUGUGCAAACCAGCUCCAGCGCCGUUUACCAGUGUAACGCCUCAAACGAAUUUGGCUACCUUAUCGCCAACGCAUUUGUCAGCGUGCUCGUAGCGGAGCCCCCGAGGGUGCUCACUCCUCCCAACCAAGUGUACAAGGUCAUCACCAACAGUCCCGCUUUACUCCACUGCGCCACUUUCGGCUCACCCAUACCAACCAUCACAUGGUUCAAAGAUCGACAAAUCAGCAUCAAGAGCGAAGACCCCUACGUGAUCCACGAGAACGGCACGCUGGAGAUCAACGUGGCCCAAUCGCAGAACAGCGGCAAGUACACGUGCAUUGCUAGCAACAACCUGGGCAUCAAGGAAAACCACGUUUUCCUGGAGGUCAAAGAGCCCACGCGUAUCCUGAAGCAGCCCGAGUACAAGGUGGUGCAACGAGGCAUGAGCGCCAUCUUCGAGUGUAAAGUCAAGCACGACCCGUCCCUCGUCCCCACCAUGACAUGGUUGAAAAACAGCGGCGAGCUGCCAGACGACGAGAGGUUUGAGGUGGACACCGACAGUUUGAUCAUCAAAGACGUGACGGAGGAAGACGAGGGCACUUACACGUGCAUCAUGAACACCACCCUGGACCGGGACUCGGCCAGCGCCAUGCUUACAGUCGUCGAGGCUACUCCCACUCCAGCUAUUGUCUACGAGAAACCUGACCCGCCAACUGAUCUGGAACUCACUGACCAAACAGAACGGAGUGUUCAGCUCACCUGGAUCCCUGGAGAUGAACACAACAGUGCCACUCAGAAUUUUUUGAUCCAGUACGAGGAUUUGCUGCACCAGCCCGGCAUCUGGGUCAACAUGACAGAAGUGGCUGGUACGAGCACCACGGCGCAACUGGAGCUCUCGCCGCACGUUUACUACUCCUUCCGGGUUCUGGCCAAGAACCAGGUGGGCUACAGCCAACCCAGCCAGCCAUCACGCCAGUACAGAACCAACCCGGCGGCACCUGAUGAGAAUCCUUCAAAUGUUCAUGGAGAAGGAACAGAACCUGGCAACCUGGUCAUCUCCUGGACAUCGCUAACAGGAUUCCAGUCCAACGGGCCCGGUCUGGAGUACAAAGUGCUUUGGCGCCAGAUGGACGUGGAUCAAGAAUGGUCCUCCAAUACGGUGGCCAACGCCUCACAAUACGUCGUGUCCGGAGUUCCCGUCUACGUUCCCUACGAGAUCAAAGUCCAAGCGCUCAACGACUACGGCAACGGGCCGGAAGCCGAGGUCGUCGUCGGAUACUCCGGGGAAGACUUGCCUUUGUCCGCCCCUGAUGGUGUCCUGGUCACGGUUGACAACAGCACAAUGGCUAAAGUGCAUUGGGAGCCGGUGUCGCCUAACUCGGUUCGUGGGAAACUUAAAGGCUACAAGGUAUACUACCGUCGCCAACGAGGCCUGGAGGAAGAUGUGGAUCAAGAGUCCCAAGACCAAGUUCUGACCUUCAACGAGAACCAGACCGAGGGACACCUGGCGGGCUUGCAGCCCUACAGCCUCUACAACAUCUUCAUCAGGGUCUUGAAUAGCAAAGGAGAAGGUCCUCAGAGUCAGGACAAGCAAUUUGAGACCCUCGAGGGAGUUCCAGGACCACCGUCUUUUUUAAACGUCUUGAAUCCCAGUUUGGACUCGCUCACUCUGGAAUGGGGUCCACCACUGAAGAAAAAUGGACGCCUUAUUGGGUACACGCUGAAAUACCAGCCAGUUAUUAACAGCUCGGAAGUGGGGCCGGCCACCGUCCUGGAUUUCCCGCUCAACGAGACCACGGUAGCGUUGGACAACCUCAACUCCAGCGUCCUCUACCAGUUCCACCUGAGUGCAAAGACCAUCAAAGGCGCUGGCGCCAAUUUCACCAAAGAGGCCUCCACCGUCACGGAAACAACUCAUAUUCAGCCCACUGUCCAGACGGGCAAAGGCCCCACUGAGCCCCCUCCUCACCCAACCUCCCCCGUCACUCAAUCUACGCACCCCCCGCUUCGCAAGGCGCCCUCUGUGGGUCCCGUUUUUGGCAUAGUAAACACAUCAGUAUGGGAGGAGUGCGCGAUGAUCACUUGGGAAUACUUUGGACACCAUAAGAACAUUUAUGUGGAAUACACGGUAGAAAACAGUAAAGAGGACUGGAAAAGGGAGUCGGUAAACGGCUCUCACUCGCAUAUUUUAAAAGGCUUAAAGCCGGGGACGUCCUAUAGGGUGCGCGUGGUCGCUCGAGACCCGGCCGGGGCGGCGGCCCACACCACCACUGAAGAGGUGGUUACAGUGCCAGCCGUGGCCAGUCGGCACGUGGACAUCGCCACCCAGGGCUGGUUCAUCGGGCUGAUGUGCGCCAUCGCCCUGCUCAUCCUGGUGCUCCUCAUCGUCUGCUUCAUCAAGAGGAACAAGGGCGGAAAAUAUCCAGUGAAAGAGAAAGAAGAAGCCCACCAAGACCCGGAGAUCCAACCCAUGAAGGAGGACGAUGGGACAUUUGGAGAAUACAGUGACACGGAGGACCACAAGCCGCUGAAGGGCAGCCGGACGCCGUCCAACGGCACGGUGCGGCGUGACGAGAGCGACGACAGCCUGGUGGACUACGGAGAAGGCGGGGACGGCCAGUUCAACGAAGACGGCUCCUUCAUCGGCCAGUACAGCGGCAAGAAGGAGAAAGACACGCACGAGGGCAACGAAAGCUCCGAGGCGCCGUCGCCCGUCAACGCCAUGAACUCUUUUGUCUAAACAUCCCCCCGCCCUCCUGUCGUCCGCGGAUGCUUUAACUUUGAUCGCGGUGGUUCAUCACCAUGGCAACCUGUCACCGAGGACGCCCCAUCGUCUCCUUUCACCCCCCUGGCGCACCUCCUGAGAAAACUCGGCCACGAUGGACAAGUGGACAAGGAACGACUCUUUAGAGAAGCAAUGUUUGUGUGUGUGUGUGUGUGUGUGUGUUUGAUAUCCUUUGCGAGCAUUUCACCGCAUUCAAACACGUACACAACUGCAUGGAGUCCAUCGUGAUCCCGCUUUUGUUGUCACGGGAAGGUGCAGAAUUUUUUUUCUCAAUCCCAAAGUGUUAUUAUAGGGCCUAUAAUAUACGGUUAUAUAUUAUGGAUUUCUAGGGGGGGGGUGAAUCACUUCACUAAUGGGAGGGGGCGGGGCAAAAAACACCAGCCACAGCGUCAUCCACGAUAUAUCAAAUUCUUGAUCAAUUGGAUGUCAGAUUCGUGACUUUGAUGUAAUUAUACAAAUGUGGAAUGUCAAGUCCAAGGUCAAAGCUUUUUUUUUUUUCUUAAUAAUAGCACUUAAAAGGAGGACUGGGGAGAUGUUCCUAAUGGUACUGAAUGUGGAAAAGGAAAGUAGUAGUUGACAUCUCUGGUCAAUAUGUUGUACUGUUUGCAAACAAACGUGAGUGCAUGAGUGUCUGUGUAUGUGCGUGCACAUGCAUGUGUUCAACGUGCGUUCUGCAUUUUUCUUUCCAGGACUCGUCAGCUUGUCCUCCGAUUCUCAAAUGGAUUUUUUUUUCUGUCGCUUCCGCCGCUGUGUCGUUUAUCAUAACUUGCAUCAAGUUUUUAGGUCAUGUCAGCUUUCCGUGUUUUUAUUUUGUAAAUAAGGGGUUUGACCUGAGUGUGGAAAAAACAACAACAACCCAGCUGCAUUGUGUGACAUGGGACUAUUUUCAGAUUUUUAUUUGCUGUGAUUUGUUUUUCUUUCUUUAUUCUUCAAGUGAACUCACAAAAUGAGAAUAUUUUGCUUGUGGCCGAGCUCCGCCGACACCCGUCUUGUCCGUGCACUUUGAAAAAAAUAUAUUAAAUGCACACACAUUCACAGGUUGCAUCAUUUAACACAAACGCUGACUCGGCACAUUUCGAGAGCCCCGGUGAGGUGAUGUGUGUGAGCUACUAUACGUGAGAAGCAUGAGAGCAACAAUUUACUCUUGGAUAUUACACGGCAAACAAAUAUUUUGUAUUUUAAAUGAAGUUAAAUCGGGGUGGGGAUAAUAAAUGUUGGCUUCAAGAUUUCAAA